AUGUCAGAAAAUUAUGAAAAUCAAGGAUUUCUACAUAGAGUAUCCAUUGAUGUUAAAUCAUUAGAAGCCACAUUUCCAUGGCUUGUUAAAUUUCACAAAGUCAUGUAUUCAUCUGUGGGAAGUAGAAAUUCUAAGCUGUUGGAACAUUUACUUUCACUUUAUACACAGAAUAUUUUAAGUAGUAUAAACUCGUAUCGUGAACAAGCAUUUGACAUGAUAAGAUUGAAGAAUCAUAUAACUAGAACCUUAACAUUUUUUCAUCUUUACUGGCGCGAUAUGAAAGAGUUUGUUGGCGAUAGUGAUUCAUAUUUAAAUACAAUGUCACUGCUGUUAGGUGUAUACAUAGACAUGGAACUUAAAACUUUUAAACACACUAAGGAUUCGUCUUCGAUAGUUGCAAAACUUCUUUCUGCACUGUGGAUAUAUUUAAAUCAUUCAGAGAGGCAUAUCUUCAGAGUGAUACUCAAGCUGAAACACAUCACUAAGAAGUGUGUGAGAAUAUAUGAACCAAUAAUCAUGAAAAGCUUUGCUAUUUUGAGACGAAACAUAGAAUCUCUGACAGAUAUAGAGUACAUCAGGUAUUUACUUGUAUUAAAAAUGUUGAAAAGAACAAAGGAAACUAUUGAAGAGAUGAAAGAAGUAAAUAAGAUGGCUCUCAUAAUCUUAGGCCCACAAACACCAAAAAUGCGAGACGAACUUUUAAAAAUUUUACCAAAACCUUCUGUUGGGCAUGAAAACGAAACACUUUGGUUGUUACAACCAAAUGUAUUUGACUUGAAAGCAGCAUGUAGUAAUUUCUUAACCUUCGAAGACUUAGUAUCCGUGCAGUCAAAGAAUUCUGAUGCAACUAAUUGUCAGAAGUCACAGACCAUUUCACUGUACGGUGUCAAUGUUGUCGAAGAAUGUAAUGUGAAUCACAAAAAGAAGAAGAAAAAUAGUAAGAGAAAAUUGGAGUGGUUGAAAAUGAUGAAGAAAAAGUGUAAAGUGCAAAAACCAGUGGUUAGAAACAAAGUAAAAAUCGCAGAUGCUCACAGGACUGAAAAUUCUGAAAAAUCUGUGGACAAGAUCAUUCUGAAAUAUUUACCAAUUUCUGACAAUAAAGUCAGUGAACAUACAGAAAGCUAUGCUUCAACAGAACAAGAUAAUAUUCAUGAUUAUAUUCAUAAUAAAAAAAAUAAAGAAUUAAAAUGCAUGUUUCAGCAUAAGCAAUGCAAUAACUGUAUUUUGUCAUUCAAACAGGAUGAUAUUCAACAGAACAGAAUUUUAUCUUUGUUGAAACUUUUAAAUGUUGUGGGACAAAAUAUUAGGGAACCAAAAGUCACAUUUAGAGAGGAAAAUCUAAUGUCUUCUCAGCAUAUGUUUAUUUGUGGCGAUGCAAACAGUGAAUCUAGUGAAAUAAAUACUCAGGGUAAGGAGAAAUUCUUAUUACAGCCAAGUAGUUCUGUACAGACAAUACUUUUAUCAAAAGAGUGCCAAAAUAAUAUAACAACUACAGACACUCAAUCCAUAAAACAAGAAUUACCGACAAGCACAGACUGUAAUAUAAUUGAGUCUGACUGUCAAAGUGAGUCUGUUUAUGUGAAAAACAAUUAUCAUUCACAUGACGUGAGAUCAUUGGUAACUUCAAAAACUGCAAAACAGAAAAGUUCUUGUGAUAUUCAUGAAUGUACAUGUCCUGUUACGGUAAUUGCAGCGGAACCCUUCACUUGUCAUAAUUACAAUAUAAUUAAUCAAACAAACUGCGAAAACAUAUUGCAGGCUGCUGCAAUUGAUAAUAAUUCCAGCAACAAGAAAUCGAUCUGUAACAAGAGUAUCGUCUGCAUGCUGAACGAUCUUGAUAAAUGUAUGCAUGUUUUAAACCGCAUUGGUGAACACAUCAUGACAGUGCAUACAGAGAAACAGCGACUGGAAUGUUUGGAGAAUAGUGAAGUCUGCGCCGUUACUACCACAGUGUUUGGGGAUCAAAGCAUAAAGUCAGGUUGGAAUCAGAAUACGAAUCUGUUAAAUUCAGAGAAACUAAGUAAAUUUCUCGAAUUAUAUGGGAAAAGAGAACUUUUAAAUGUAUGCAGCUGUACAGAUAUCCAUAGACAGGAGAACCAAGAUAUUAAUAAAAUCUUGAAUGAACUGAAAUGUGAAAAAUUACGGCCGAAAGAUCUACAUUCCUGUGAAAAGAAUCAUACUUUCUCUGAAACAAAAUUAGUAGAAGGUUCUUUCUACAACCACAUAAAGUCUGAGUUCGAGCAGUCUGAAAAAGCAGUGAAAAAGGAAAGUGUUGAAGCUUUUGGAACCAUAACACAUCAGUUUGAAAAAAUGGCAGCAAAUGGUCAGACAGAUUAUUUUCCAUAUGAUCCAAAAAACAUGGAUGAAUUUGAGAAUAUUGAUAUUCUAGAUAGCAUUCUAAAUGGUGAUAUAUCUAUGGAAGACGAACAGGAAAUUUUAGAAGAUUCGCAGUCUUUGUUAAUGUCACCAAUCAGUUGCAAUAACUCAAAUAAUGUACUAAACUGUAUUACAGAAUUCUUCUCACAGGUUGAGUAUGUACAUGUAAAUGAGAAGGAAGAUAAAUAUAUUCCAUCCAACACAAAAAAUUCCUUGACACCGUUACCAGAAGGCAGUUUGGGAACAACUGGAAUAUUGAAUUCUUUAUUGGACUUUGAAUUGACAAACAUGGACACUCUACCAAACGAUCUCAUGUACUCUAAUGUACAAACAGUUAAUCCAAGACUGAUAAAAAAGAACUUCGAAAGUGACAGUCUUUCAAGGGACAGAAAUACUUCUGAAUUGAAUUCUUACACAGAAGAAACAGUUAUGGUUGGCAGGAGCGAUGAAAAGGAUGGGCUUCCACAGAAGAAAAUGGAAUCAUGUAACAGUAAGCGUGACUCUGUUAACAGUAGUGUCGAUGUAGUUGGAUUUGGAUUGAACCCUAGCAACAAAGAUGUUCUGCAAUUCUCUUCUAUAAAUAAAAAAGUGUCAACAGAUAAUAUAUCUUCUGAAUUAAAAGAUCUGCUCUCUAAAUCGAGCCUUUCUAGUCCUAUUGACAAACUCAAUACUAACAUUGUAACAGAAAAAUCUUAUAUUUUCCACAAGGAGUAUGUCAAUCAUGUCCAAUCCUUUAGUGAUACGAUGAAUAAUGUUUUGCCUGAAAUAUGUACUUUCAAUGAUAUUCCAUCAGAUACUGUAAUACACUGUGUAGGUCAGCGAAAUGAUAAGCAUACCUACAUGGAACUUGAGUCAAGUCCUGUGAGGAAACAAGAACCAUUCGAUUGUGAACUAUUGUUUUCAACAGACUUGGUGGCACCUAACAGUAUUACAGUGUCACAGAGUGAACCUUCAAUGCAUGAAAAUUUCCUAAAGAAAAGAAAUAAUAUUCAGAAGAAUAUACAACACAGUCAGGAGGAACACAAUCAUACAAUGAAGCAUCAAAUAGAGGUUAGUGUACAAUCAGGGUUAUUGAAAAGGAAAUUAAGAUAUAAAAAUAUGAAAACAGAAAAUACAGAAGAAGAAUCGGCUUCGCCUACUAAAGAUGAAAGUAGUGUAAGAUGCCCUCAAUUUAAUAUUAUCAAUCAGGAUGCUCAGAAUAUGUGUGAAUUGCCACUAUCAUCGUUUCACAUUUAUCGUCAGAAAUCACCACAGGUGUGUCCAUCCGGGAACAUGUACAAACAAUUAAAAUGUGUGGGUAUUCAACAGCUGAGGAGCAUGUCUCCACAAAAGCAACAGAUUUUAUUAAACUUUCAUGGAGACUCUACAAUGAAUACCAUUUCAAAGGAAGAUUCCAAAUCAGAGGAUUCUCAACGCACCAUUGAAGAUAAUAUUUGGGAAGAUGCGACUCUAUUGUAUGAAUCUUUACGGAAGUCGGGAAAUAAGACUUACCUAAAACUCCCAAAAAAAGGAAUAAAGAUUGACACGGAUGUAGCUAAAAUAAAUAAGGAUAAAUGUAUAACCGAAGUUUCGAGUAAUAUUCUUAUUAAGUCUGGAAUUAAGUGGACAUUGCAGAAUAUGGAUGCUAAAAAGCAAACAAUUUUAUCGACAGAUGAAGAAACACCGUAA